AUUCAAGUGAAAGCAAAUAUGAAGCAAAUACAAAUAUCAAUAAGCUUGAAUAUCAAGAAUGGUUUUUAGCACUAAAAGAAUGUAUAAUGAACUUAAGAGAAUGUGAAGCAAAGAUUCAUUUGAUUGAAUUAGCAAACAUUGAAAAGGAGAAAGUUUAA